CAUAACGUCAACAUCUCUCACCCAGCUCAGUCACGACCACCGCCGCCACCCACCACCCAAUCUCCCCUCCACCGCCUGCAUCACCAUGGCGCCCGCCACGAUGCUCGUCCGCUCGACCCUCCCGCGCGCGACCUCGCGUGUCGUCGCCGGCAGCAGCAUCCUCGCGCAGACGACCGCCCGCGGCUACGCCACGCCCAGCGGUCCUCCGCCCGCCAACUUCCGCACGGGUACAAAGGUCGAAUGGGCGUGGGAGAAGGAUAACACGCUGGACAGACUGGGAAAGUACUUCCUCAUGACCGAGAUGGCGAGGGGCAUGUACGUGCUCAUGGAGCAGUUCUUCCGACCACCAUACACCAUCUACUACCCCUUCGAGAAGGGUCCGAUCUCACCCCGUUUCCGCGGUGAACACGCCCUGCGCCGAUACCCCUCUGGCGAGGAGCGCUGCAUCGCCUGCAAGCUCUGCGAAGCUGUCUGCCCGGCCCAGGCCAUCACAAUUGAAGCCGAAGAGCGAGCCGACGGAUCCCGCCGCACGACCCGCUACGACAUUGACAUGACCAAGUGCAUCUACUGUGGCUUCUGCCAGGAAUCUUGCCCCGUCGACGCCAUUGUCGAGUCACCAAACGCCGAAUACGCCACCGAGACGAGGGAGGAGCUUUUGUAUAACAAGGAGAAGCUGUUGAGUAACGGAGACAAGUGGGAGCCCGAGUUGGCCGCUGUCAUCCGCGCCGAUGCGCCGUACCGAUAAACCAAAACAGAAGGAAAGCAAGGGGAAAGGGGGGCGCGCAUGGGAAGGGAGCGAAUUGGAUGUCUGACUAUACCUUUUGCGGGUUUCUUUUGUCCAAAAGACUGGGAUCUGGUGUACAUAUGCUAGGCAGGCCAGAAUGCCACAGACCUCGGAGAUAUACCCAGAUGUUUGGGCUUUGGAAUGUGUCCCAUCACACCGUGCAGACGUAGAGGCGGGCGACAACGGAUCAACAUGGAAGGUUACGGACAAUUUCGGACAACCUCCU